AUGGGUGGCAAUGUUCCAGCAGCCGAGCUUGCCGACGUCAACAACGGCGAUUCCGUCACGUCUGCGGUCGAAUGCUACAGAACCCAACUUGAUUUUGGUGGCAAGAAACCUAUCCCUUCGGCGGUCCACAGUGAAGACCACACCAACGUGUCGCACGCGAAAAAGUUGAUUCUUGCCUUCCAAAACCAACGCAUCACUGAAUUCAGCGGUGUGUUCUGGUUCGUCGAUACCCCCAAGGCAGGGGAAGAACUCCGGGAAGAAGCGGCCUUCAUCAACAAGCUGGCCAAGCCUGAGAGCAAUGGACAUGGCUUCUGUAUCUGGAAACACGUCGUGGUCAUCCUCAAAGGCAUCGGUGGGCUUGGAGGCGCUCGAGAGGCCGUCUCCCAUGCGACCAGAGAUAAUACCCGCGCACAAAUUCUGCGUGGUGUGAUUGUCUACAUGUCGAGUGCAAUUGCAGGCGUCACUGUAUCCGGAGGCCGAGUGAUUCAUAUUCAGCAAGAUGAACAUCUCGCCGUCAGCGGAGACCCAACUGCUGCUGGGGCUCUACUAACCGCCAACUUCGAUGCCACGGCGUACAUCAAGUGGAUCGAGCAAACAAUGAAAUGUAAACGCUGCCUGCAAUCUGGCGAUCCCCGCGCUUUCUAUGCUUGCCACGCCGAAGUCGAAAAAAUUCAUCAACAUAUCCCUUACCAUCCGGGAAACCUGUUACAGAUGCACGGAGAGCGAGAUGUGAAAGAUUUGGCCAAAUCCGUGGGUAAAAAGAUGGCUGCAGUGGUUGCGGUCACGGCAGCGGUGACUACGGUUGCUCUUCCACUUGUUGUGUCUGUCAUGUUCCCCCCCCUCGCACCCGCGCUUGUCGUCCACUUAACCAUCACAAUCGCCGCCACUGGAGCAGCAGCACCGAUCGCUGAAGCUCUGGGGAAGGAUGCCUUUCCAGGGAUCAAGUCGCGUAUGCCGUUGGUUCACCUCACUCAGCUCACUGAAGAUAGGAUAUCCAAGGAGUUAUCUGAGAAGAUAACCAAAAAGUUAUCUCAGAAGAUAAUCAAAAAGUUAACUGAGGGCACGUCCGAGGACUCGUCGGAAGAGAUGUGCGAACAAGUGCCCAAAGUGUUAUCUAGGAAGGAUUUGAAAAAAUUGGCUCGGAUGGUCGAGAAGAGGGUCACGCUAAGGGAGGGCCGAAGAAACAGUGGGAUGCUUUCUUUACUGGACAUGCUGCCCGGAACGGCAUUAGGCCAGAACGACAGCGACUGCAACAAAGCAUAG